GUAACAAACGGUUCCGCCCAUCGCAGAAUGAAGUGUCUGUGGUUGUUAGUGCUCACAGUUCUGUGUUUGAGGUGCGAAGCCGCCGGCAAACCUCGGAGAGGACGUGGCAGUAUGUGGUGGGGAAUUGCCAAAGCGGGGGAACCAAAUAACCUGUCGCCUCUAUCACCUGGAGUUCUGUAUAUGGACCCGGCGGUACACGCGACGCUGAGGAGGAAACAGCGGCGGCUAGCUAGAGAGAACCCUGGCGUAUUGGCGGCAGUCGCGAAGGGUGCCAACAUGGCGGUUGCUGAGUGCCAACACCAAUUCAAACACAGAAGGUGGAACUGCUCAACCAGAAACUUUUUGAGGGGGAAGAAUUUAUUUGGCAAGAUCGUCGACAGAGGGUGCCGCGAGACCGCGUUCAUCUACGCGAUCACCAGCGCUGGAGUGACGCACGCGGUGUCACGCGCGUGCGCCGAAGGCUCCAUCGAGUCGUGCACCUGCGACUACUCGCACGUGGACCGCGCGCCGCACCGCUCCCGUGCCGCCGCCGCCUCCAACGUGCGCGUCUGGAAGUGGGGCGGCUGCAGCGACAACAUCGGCUUCGGUUUCCACUUCAGCAGGGAGUUUGUGGACACGGGCGAGCGGGGGAAGACGCUAAGGGAGAAGAUGAACUUGCACAACAACGAGGCGGGCAGAUCGCAUGUGCAGUCCGAGAUGCGACAGGAGUGUAAGUGCCAUGGAAUGUCGGGCUCGUGCACGGUGAAGACGUGCUGGAUGCGGCUGCCGAGUUUCCGCUCUGUGGGGGACGCGUUGAAGGACCGCUUCGACGGCGCGUCGCGGGUGAUGGUGCCGAACACCGACCUUGAAGCGCCCGCGCAGCGGAACGACGCGGUACCGCACAGAGUUCCGCGAAGGGACCGCUACAGAUUCCAACUGCGACCGCAUAACCCGGACCACAAGUCACCGGGAGCCAAGGAUCUCGUGUAUCUGGAGUCGUCGCCGGGGUUCUGCGAGAAGAACCCUCGUCUGGGCAUCCCGGGCACGCACGGGCGUGCCUGCAACGACACUAGCAUCGGCGUCGACGGCUGCGACCUGAUGUGUUGCGGUCGCGGCUAUCGGACUGAGACCAUGUUUGUGGUGGAACGCUGCAAUUGUACGUUCCAUUGGUGCUGCGAGGUGAAAUGUAAAGUUUGUCGUACCGAGAAAGUGGUGCACACGUGUUUAUAGGCGGAGGAACGCCCGUGACUUGUGCUGUGAGUGAGCAAGCGGCCCGGCCGUAGUGUUGGUUGUGAUUGUGACUAAGACUCGAGUGGACCAGUUCGAGCACCCGGAGGCAGAUAACGGACCAUGUACAUAAUAUAUCGCAUCACUUUUUCUCCUAUUCGGAUUCGUCCAAAUCGUAUUUCAUGUUGACUUAUGUAAAUAGUUCUUUAUCACUGUUUAUUUUCUUCUGUUAUGUACGAUAAAUGAUCUGGCGUGAAAUUAAAAUAAGCUACUCGUUCGUUUAAUUUAUUCGGCUAUUAAGUGCGAACAUGUGAUCUGGUAACGUUAUUUUUUGUAGACACUGUCGUUCGGAAAUUAAUGAGACCAGUUUAUCGUCGAUAUAUUUCUGUCAUCUUGUCAUCCCUCGUUUGUUAAUGAAAUUGGGUUUGUUGGUUUCCU